AUGAACGGGCUUACAAUCUCUUCCUUCAUUGCCUCUCUUCCCAAGGUCGAGCUUCACAUACACAUCGAAGGCACGCUUCAGCCAGCGCUGAGAUGGAAACUUGCUCAGCGAAACAAGAUUCCGCUACGCUUUAAAUCCCAGGAAUAUCACACCUACGAAGAACUCCUGGAGUCGUACAACGUUACCUAUAAUCACCGUCCGGAACUCGGCGGCCGCAAAGAUGUACCGACAUUUCUAGAGGCCUAUUUUGCGGGCUGUGAGGUUCUGCUCAAAGAGGAUGACUUUUAUGAACUUGCCAUGGACUAUUUGGCGCGAUGUCGUCAGAUGAAUGUUCGCUACGUCGAACCCUUUUUUGACAUUCAAGCGCAUACACGCCGUGGUAUCCCUGCAGAGCACGUGCUAAACGGCUAUCUACGAGCACAGCGUGAAGGCGCAUCUAAAUAUGGCGUGAGAUCCAACUGGAUCUUCUGUUUCUUGCGGGAUGAGCCCGUCGAAGACGGGGAGGCCGCAUAUGAAACAGCCUUGCCGUGGGCUAGAUCUGGACAUGGUCUAUUCCAUGCAGUUGGUCUUGCCAGCAACGCCUAUGAACGGCCGCCGAUGUUGUUCAAGAAGGCAUUUGAGCGAGCUCAAGCAGAUGGGCUUCACAUCACGACGCACUGUGACUUUGGACAAAAGGAUACGCACGAACACAUUCGCCAGGCCAUUUUCGAUGUGCAGAUAGAAAGGAUCGACCACGGGCUUGAUGCACUUGAUCGAGAUGAGCUGGUGGAAGGGUUAGUCAACAGAAACGUUGGCCUGACUCUCUGUCCACAUGCCUAUCACCGACGCACCGCAACCGAGGUCCUCUUCCCAAAACUGCGACAGCUUCUGGACGGAGGCGUAAAGUUCUGCAUCAACAGCGAUGAUCCUGUGUACAUGCAUGAUGUGUGGAUCGACGGCAACAUGGAAAAGGCGUAUCACUAUGGAGAGUUGACGAAGCAAGAGAUGGUGCAGCUGGCGAGGAAUGCGGUCGACAUGUGUUGGGCGGAUGAGGCUGUGAAGAAGGAGAUUUACGAUGAGCUGGACCAGGUGGAUGUGAGAUGA